AUGAUGAUGUCUCAAACAGCAGCAGCAACACUUAAUACUAUUUAUUCGACAGCUGAUAAUUUAAUGAUGAACGUUAGCCCAUCAACAACAGCUGCCACUACUCAAUCACAACAACAACCACUAUCUCCCAAUCUCAACAAUACUGCCAAUAAUACAGUAGUGAAUGCUGGCAUGUCCUCAAGUAGCAAUUCACUUGUUUCCUCCUCAACUUCACCCUAUCAUCAUCAACUUCAUAACAUGUCCUCCAAUAAUAACAAUAAUACAAUGGUGGAUCCAAGUGUUUCUUCUUCCUCACAACAGCAACAGUUAGCUCACAACAAUUCAAUCUCAUCAAGUAAUCAACAACAACAACACAUGAUGGGUAAUGGAGGUGGUUCUAUUGGUAGUUCAAAUAUUGUUGGUGGCAUGGGAACGAAUACAGGAAAUACUCAAGUUUUACAAGAAUUAUUUAGACAACAACAACAUUUACAAACACAAUCAAUGAAUUAUCCACAAUUGAAUAAUUCUGCACUGCAUCAACAUUCCUCCUUCUCAAAUAAUGGUCUAGAUCCAAAUUCAAAUAAUUUGAAUUCACAUUCAACGAAUAACGAUUACAGUAAUUUAAUUUUGAAUAUGGCAAUGAGAGGAAGUGCUGGAAAUGAAGCAAAUUCUCCAGUUGAUCAUCAGGAUUUUGUUAUGCAACAAAUGUUACUUCAACAACAAUCACAACACAUGAUGCAACCACACCAUCAUCAUUACUCAACCAUGCCAAAUGCAGCUGCUUUGGGUCUUUCACAACCAGUUGUUCAUCAUUCAACUGCCAAUCAUCAUCAUUUGACGCAACCUAAUCAAAUGAUGCAUUCUUCAUUACAACACCAUUCAAUGAAUUCUGCUACUUUACAACAACAAGUUGGACUUUCGAAUUAUACAAAUGGUAUUCAAGAUAAUAUUUUGAAUUUCUUAGGAAAUCAACAAGAAAAUGAUACAAAUCUUGUAGAUCAAUCAAAUCAUGAUAAUUUAAUGAUGAAUAAUUCAACUCAAUUACAACUUUCACAAAAUAACAAUGAUUGGAGAGGUGACAAGGUAAAUUUCACAUACUUUGACAGUGUUGCUCCUUAUGUGGAACAUACACAAAGUACUUCAGUUGUUGAUAAUUCACAACAUUUACACACAAAUGGCACAAAUCUAGAUGAUGUUGUCAUGAGAAAUAAUCAAAAUGUAAUGCAACAUCAACACGAUCAAAAUCAGUCAACUAAUGGAUUAAUGAUUCACACUUAUGAACAAAUGAAUGGAAACUUGUAUUCACGACCUAUGAAUCAACAGCAAAAUCAAAUUUCCACACAACAAAACAUUAUGGGAACUCCAAAUAUGACUAAGAAAACUAAAUUAGUGAAUGAAUCACCAAAACUUAACACAACCGAAGAUCCCAAUAGAGAAGUAACCAAUUGUCAUUGUUGUGGUCGUUCAGAUGCUGAAGUUAGUUUCAAGAAGAAUUAUUCAAUUCAUGAGGGAAAUAUUGAAUCGUAUAGAAAUACAUUCCCACAAAAUAUUGAUCAAAUCACAUCUGGACCUGUAUGUGCCACAUGUUAUAACAAACAGUGGAGGUUCCAACGUGGACUCUACGAUCCUUCAAAAAUCAGAAGAAACAAUCCAAGGGAAGGAAUCAAACAAAGAUCUAUGAGAGAUGGAGACAGUACUGGAAGUCCACUCACUCCAACAUUGGCAUUCCCUUUGAAUAAUCGUGUGUCAGCAAUUCAAACUGAUUAUUCACCAACAAAUGGUUCUCCUCGAACACAUAAGAGAAAGGCACUUACUGUUUCUACAUUUAGUGCAACAACUCCAGUUCACAGUAUUAAUAAUAAUAAUAAUAAUGGAGCCAAUAAUAGUGAUCAUGUUCCAUCUGAUAGUAGUACUGAUAAGUAUGAUCGUGACAGUAAGAGAACUAAAUUUUCAUCAGAAAUAGAAACUCUUUGUAAAAGAAACAAGAAUCCAGAUGAAAUAUCAAUCAUUGUCCAAUUUUAUCAAGUGGAUGAUGAUAUUGCAAGUGAUAGUUCAAAACUUUUAGACCAAAUUAACGAAUUUAAUCAAACUCAAUUAAGAAUUCAGAAACAACAAAUGUUUGGAAUUUAUCCAAACGAAAAGGAUUCUGAAAUUUCUAAACAUUUCCAUCAAUUUUACACAACCGCUCUCAAGGUCAAUAAGAAACAUUUUGAAGUUUCUCAAACAAAUAAUAUUCAAAUUAUUCAAGGUAAACUUGCACUGGAGAAUAUCAAACAAUUACUGACAGACAGAGCAAAAGACUUUAAACAAUCCAAGUUGGAAGAUCCAAAAACUUCUACUUCAACUUCUGAUGCCAGUUCAUUGUUGUCCAACGAUUCUACCUCGGCCUGUAGUAGCAAUAGUGGAGAGACAAAAGUUUUGAGUUUAAAGAUCAGCUCACAAGAUAGAUUUAAGAAUACUAUUCUUGCUGAUGUUGAUGAAUUCUUUUUUGUUGAUAAGAAUUUGAGUGAAGGAGAUUCAAUUCAUGUAUUUUUACAAUAACAAAUUAUUAUUGAGGAAACAAAAACAAUGUACAUUAAAAACACCAAAACACAUUUUUGCAAUAGAAAAUAAAUAAUUUUUGAAUAUC